AAUAGCAAAUAUGGCAGGCAGAGGUGGUCAUGAUAAUAAUAGAUAUGGAGGAGAGCGGCAGCGUAGACCGCUUCCGACCGAGCCUCCGUACAUCGCGUACGUCGGUAACUUACCGCAAGGUGUCGUUCAAGGAGAUCUUAAUAGCAUAUUUAAAGAUUUCACGGUGAAAAAUAUACGCUUGGUAAAGGACAAGGAAACGGACGUUUUCAAAGGAUUUUGUUAUGUCGAAUUUGAAACUUUGGAUGAGUUGAAACGAGCAUUGGACCUCGAUGGCAUGAUUGCUCUCAAUGAUAGUGCGUCUACACUGCGGAUUGACAUCGCAGAACAGAAGAAGAAUGAUCGCGGUGGUUUUAACAAGCGAGGUGGUCCUCCCAACCGUGGCCCUGGAGGUGGCGGAUACAACAAUAAGGGAGGAAACAAUCGGCAAGGUGGCGAUCGGCAUUACGGUAAUGAUAAUUACGGAAGAAAUGACUUCGAUAGAAAUCGUGGACGUUCCAAUAAUUAUAACGGAGAUCUAUCAUCGUCUAUGGACAAAAUGAAAGAUCUAUCAUUUUCAGAUCGUGGUCCUAGUCGUGGCCGAUAUGGGAACUUCAACGAGGAAAUCGGCGGUGGCCGGGAUGGAGGCGGACGAGAUGAUUGGAGUCGUGAUCACGAUGGACGCAACGACCGAGGAGGUGAUAGUUACAAUCGAGAUGGCGAUCGAUUUAAUCGGUAUGCCGGUGGUCCUGGCAGUUCCGGUGGGGGACGUCGGGACCAUCGUGAUCAUGACAGAAGAAAAGAUCAUCCGCCGCCCGGUCUUGCGCCGGCACUUAGUUUGGCGGAACGUGACGCUGGUAGGCCCAAGUUGAACUUGAAACCGCGUACCGUAGCUGCUCCAUUAAACGCGCUAGCAGACACAAAGCAAGCAGCUGCUAUAUUUGGUAAUGCACGACCCCGUGAGGAAAAAUUGGCAUCUGAGGGCAGAAGUCUAGAGGUGUCAGAACGUAAAACGUCUACAUCUUCAUCGACGGCAGGAGAUGACAAAAAUGGGCCGAACUAAAGCUCUUCUUUUGGUUUAUGAUAAAGUUAACGUUUAAAUCCUCCUUUUCCUUUUAUCAAAUGAGAGUGAAAGUGAAGUGAAAUUUUUACUAACAGCAAGCAAAUAUAAAGGAUAAAGCAAAGCAGGUUUGUAACACGUAGCUACACACCCAUACAUGAAAAUACAUGCAUACAUACAUAAAUAUAAGCGAGAAGCGAUACAACCUAACGUAAAAAGUAUGUGUUUAAUUUAUGUUUUGAUUUUUACGCUUUUUUCUACGAUUUAAUAAUAACAUUAAAGAAAAACAAAAAAUUGCAAAAAGAAGGAAUGAAAUACAAAUAAUAUGUAAUUAUAUGCAAAUAAUUAUGGAAGCAGUAAAAUAUAUUAAUUACUAUAGCGCAUUGAUAUAUUCAAAACCUAAAAAAUUACUGAUAAAAUGAGAGAAAAGCUGGUAACUGAAAUCUUACUAUAAGGAGAACAAUAGAAAACGAAAACAAUUUCGGUCUGACGAAACAGGAGAAUGAUGAUUACAAACUAGUUUGAAUUCUACUGUUCUUUAUUCUCUAGCUCAGAUUACGUUAAUCGUCUUUUGUUUUGAGAUUUAAGUACGGAAUUCUUUUAGUUAAGAAGAAUGCAAGAGUGAGCAGUUACAGCAUACAGACCUUGCACUGCACUCUUUAUACUAAGCAUAGAUUAGCAUGCAAAUUUCGAAAGGCAGUGAAAGCUUUAUUUUCGUUUUUAUUCAGUGGACACCAAUCGAGAGCAGCGGAUUGUGAUUUGCGUUUUUCUUAUUUUGCUAUUAUUUACAAUUCGUUUCAAAAGUAUUCAGUUAAUAUCCAUCUCGCUCUUACUCGGUUAGAAACUUUAAAUUCAAAGGCAGAAAUGUAAAAAAAUAGUAAGGCAUAAUAUACAUCCCUAUGUUUAAGUGUUGUUGAAAUAAAUAUGAGAUGAAUGAUUAAACUGGAAAAUGGAUGAAUAAACUGAUGAAUCAACUGAUACU